AUGACACUCGCUAUGUGGACUUACAGAUUGCGCAAGACGCCGGUUUUGGCCUUGGUUCUUCCAUUGGGAAUCCUUGCUACGCUAUUUUGGGUCCUCUUCAGUCAAGAUGAGUCGGUACUGGGGCUCGAAGGGUCGUCUAUUGCUAAUCACAAGUGGGCACACGAAAACGAGAAGACAUUUUAUUUCCCAUAUUCGCGCAAGUACAAGAGUGCCAAAUAUUCCUACAACAAGAAGGCAAACUGGCUUUUCAGUGAUAUGGUAGAAGACAAAAUUCCUGCCGGUCAUAUCACGCAUUUCGACUUAAACAAGCUUGAAUCCACAGCUAACGCAGCUGUCAACAAAGAACAGGUUUUGAUCUUGACUCCAAUGCAAACAUUUCAUGAUCAGUAUUGGGAUAACUUGCUACAGUUGACGUAUCCUCGGGAACUGCUGGAACUAGGCUUUAUCAUUCCACGCACGAAUACUGGUGACGCAGCUCUUCGCAAGCUCGAAGCAGCCGUGAGAAAAGUGCAACUGGGUAAAAAAGAACAAAGAUUCGCUAAAAUAACAAUCUUGAGACAGGAUUCGCCAAGCUUCGAAUCUCUUUCGGAAAAGGAAAGACAUGCCCUGAAAGUACAGAAGCAGAGACGUUCUGCCAUGGCGCUGGCUCGUAACGAACUACUGUUUUCGACAAUUGGUCCUCACACCGCCUGGAUCCUUUGGAUGGACGCAGACAUCGUGGAAACUCUUCCAACUGUGAUUCAGGAUAUGACCGCGCAUGACAAAGCGGUCCUAUCGGCCAACGUUUAUCAAAGGUAUAAAGACGACAAAUCUGGCGAGAUGCAGAUCAGAGCAUAUGAUUUCAAUAAUUGGGCAGAGAGUGAUACCGCCCUAGAAAUGGCCGCCAAUAUGGCAGAAGAUGAGGUCAUUUUCGAAGGCUAUGCUGAGAUGGGCACAUACAGACUAUUAAUGGCAUAUCAAUAUGAAAGCGACGGAUCUCAAGACACGGAAACCGCGCUUGAUGGUGUGGGUGGAGGUUGCACGCUUGUUAAAGCUGAUGUACACAGAGACGGUGCCAUGUUCCCUAGUUUUCCCUUCUACCAUUUGAUCGAGACGGAGGGCUUCGCAAAGAUGGCGAAGAGACUUGGUUACGAAGUGUAUGGUUUGCCAAACUACCUGGUAUAUCAUAUCGAAGAGUUCAAUUAA